AUGGUGGGGACACAAUGUCAUCUGCUCCUGAUAGCCCUGGUGUUUUCUGGCCUCCGUACCGAGGAUGUCUUCCAGCCCACGCUGGUGCUAGACAUGGCCAAGCUUCUGCUGGAUAAUUAUUGCUUCCCUGAAAACCUGGUAGGGAUGCAAGAAGCUAUCGAACAAGCCAUUAAAAAUGGUGAGAUCUUGGACAUCUCUGAUCCCAAUCUUCUGGCAUCUGUUCUGACCGCCGGCGUGCAAGGGGCCCUGAACGACCAGCGUUUGGUGAUCUCCUACGAGCCUUGGACUCCGAUCACCCCCAAGCAAGAAAUGGAAGCUUCCCCAACAUCAGAGCAGCUCCUAGAACUUAUCCAACAUGUUGUGAAGUUUGAGGUAUUGGACGGCAACGUGGGAUACCUGAGGAUCGACUCCAUCAUUGGCCAAGAAAUUAUACAGCAGAUAGGCGCCGUCCUCAUCGAAAAGGUAUGGAAGACCCUGAUGGAGACGUCGGCUUUGGUGCUAGAUUUGCGUUAUACCACCGGCGGAAAGGUCUCGGGCAUCCCCUUCAUUAUCUCCUACUUACACCACAACGGCCAAGCGUUGCAUGUGGAUACGGUCUACAACCGGCCCUCCAACCACACCACUGAAAUCUGGACCUUGCCCAAAGUUCUGGGCCCGAGGUACGGCAAGGACAAGGAUGUCAUUGUGCUGAUCAGCCAAUACACCACCGGGGUAGCCGAAGCCGUGGCCUACAUCCUGAAGUACAUGCAUCGGGCCAUACUUGUGGGAGAGACGUCGGCGGGGGGCUCCUUGGACAUUCAGAAGUUUCCAAUUGGUGCUUCCCAGUUCUACAUGACAAUUCCUGUGUCCUGUUCGGUGAGCCCCUUGAGUGGCAGCGGGCAAACCUGGGAAGGCAGUGGGGUGGUGCCGAGUGUCACAACUUCAGCCGAGAGAGCACUGGAGGAAGCCCUGGCUAUCCUGGAGCUGCGCAAGGCUAUCCCUACCGCCAUCAACCAGCUGACGAGCAUCCUGAAGAACAACUACUCCAUGGUUGAUCGGGUGCCUUUGUUAUUGCAGCACCUCGCCAGUUUUGACCACUCCUCCAUCCUGUCCAUUUCUGACCUGGCUUCCAAGCUGAACACUGAACUGCAGGCUGUGUCUGAAGACCCACGCCUCUCGCUGCGGGUCACCACCCCAGGGGAGGUUGUCUCAGGACCAGUGGAGCAGCACGUCGCCACGGCUACCGACCUGCCUGACGAUGAGCAGUUUCUGCAAGCUUUGGUCAACACAGCAUUCAAAGUGUCGGUGCUACCAGGCAACGUAGGUUACAUGCGCUUUGACGAGUUUGCCGAUGCUUCUGUGCUCAGCAAGAUAGGGUCUUACAUUGUGCGUCAAGUCUGGGAACCACUGCAAUCGACGGACAACUUGAUUGUGGACUUGCGCUACAACCCAGGGGGCCCGUCCUCGAGUGCCGUGCCAAUUUUGCUUUCCUACUUCCAAGACCCCUCUGUUGGCCCUGUGCACCUCUUCACAACCUACAAUAGGUGCACAAACCACACCCAGGACUACAACAGCCAGCUCAAAAUUUUAGGCAAGCCCUACGGAGCACGGCGUGGCGUCUACCUGCUCACCAGCCACCACACGGCCACAGCAGCUGAAGAAUUUGCCUACCUUAUGCAGUCCCUCAGCCGUGCCACUCUGGUGGGCGAGAUCACCGCAGGCAGCCUGUCGCACACACGCACCUUCUGUCUGAUGCAACAGGCAGGCUGUGGCCUCCUUGUCAAUGUCCCUGUCAUCUCCAUCAUUGACAACCACGGUGAGUGCUGGCUCGGUGGUGGGGUGGUACCGGAUGCCAUUGUGCUUGCCGACGAGGCUCUUGAGAAAGCCCAGGAGGUGUUGGAGUUCCACAAGAGCAUGGGGGCUCUCGUUGAGGGUGUUGGGGAGUUGCUGGAGGCUCACUAUGCCAUUCCAGAAAUGGCCAGACGGGUCAGUGGAGCACUUAGUUCCAAGUUGGCCCAAGGUGGGUAUCACAUGGCGGUGGACUUUGAGACGCUGGCUUCUCAGCUGACCAGUGACCUUCAGGAGACCUCUGGGGACCACCAGCUGCACAUCUUCCACAGCCACGUAGAGCCUUCCCCAGAGGAGCAACCCCCCAACAAGACCCCCACCCCCGAGGAGCUAAGCUACAUCAUCGAGGCUCUCUUCAAAGUGGACGUCCUGCUGGGCAACGUGGGAUACCUGCGCUUCAACAUGACGGUGGAGGCGGAGACGGUGAAGGCCAUCGGGUCACAACUCCUGCACAUGGUUUGGGAGAAGCUCGUGGAGACCUCCGCCAUGAUCGUCGACAUGCGCUACAAUACAGGGAGCUACUCUAGAGCUGUGCCCACAUUCUGUUCCUACUUCUUCGAUGCCGAGCCCCAGCAGCAUCUGUACACCAUCUUUGACCGUAGCACCUCUCAGAGCACAGAAGUGUGGACUUUGCCCAAGGUGUCCGGCAAGCGCUACGGCUCGACAAAGGACGUAUUCAUCCUCAUCAGCCACAUGAGUGGCUCGGCUGCUGAGACUUUCACCCGCUCGAUGAAGGACCUGCAUCGGGCCACCGUCAUUGGGGAACCCACCGUGGGCGGUUCCCUCUCAGCGGGCAUCUACCGUCUGGGCGGCAGCCCCCUAUAUGCUUCCAUCCCUAGCCAGGUGGUGCUCAGCCCACUCACUGGCAAAGUGUGGAGCUUGUCCGGGCUGGAGCCACAUGUCACCACCCAAGCGACAGAAGCCCUGGCUUCUGCUCAGAACAUCAUUGCCUUGCGCGCCAAGGUGCCCUACUUGCUGCAGACUGUGAGCAAGCUGAUUGCGGACAACUAUGCCUCGGCUGAGCUUGGAGCGGAGGUGGCUGCUAAGUUGGCCGAGCUGGCCCGCAAAGACACUUACAGGAGGAUCAAUAGCGAGGCGGAGCUCGCUGAAGUUAUGGCAGGUGACUUGCAGGCUCUUUCUGGAGAUGUGCACCUGAAGACAGCCCACAUCCCUGAGCAUUUGAGGGCGCGAAUCCCUGGGAGUAUACCCAUCCAGAUUCCUUCCCCGGAAAAUUUUGAAGACUUCGUUAAGUUUUCUUUCCACACCAAAGUGUUUGAAAACAACAUUGGCUACCUGAGGUUUGAUAUGUUUGGAGACUGUGAACUUUUAUCCCAAGUCUCUGACCUGUUAGUGGAACACGUCUGGAAGAAGAUUAUCCACACGGAUGCCCUGAUCCUUGACAUGAGAUACAACGUAGGGGGCCCUACUUCUUCCAUAGCAACUCUGUGCUCCUAUUUCUUCGACGAAGGACGCCUGAUUCUUCUGGACAAAGUGUACCACAGACCAAACAAUACGACUACUGACAUUUGGACCCAUUCACAGCUUAAAGGCAUGAGAUACGGUUCCCAGAAGGGCCUGGUCAUCCUCACGAGCACGGUGACGUCAGGGGCUGCAGAGGAAUUUGUGUCCAUCAUGAAGAGGCUGAACAGAGCCUUGGUCAUCGGGCAAAGGACCCAUGGGGGCUGCCACCCGCCAGAGACAUACCAGGUGGACAGCACCGACCUUUACAUCACCAUCCCGACAUCCAGAUCUACCCUUUCUGGGGCCAGCACCUGGGAGGGUGUGGGUGUCAGUCCGCACAUGGCUGUCCCCGCGGAGGUGGCCCUCGUCCGAGCCAAAGAGAUGCUCAACGCACACCUUCACCCUUCCAGCUAG